AUGGGAAAGUCCAAUCAGUCUUCUGUGACAGAAUUUGUCCUACUGGGGCUUUCAGGCUACCCAGAGCUUGAGGCCAUUUACUUUGUACUGGUCCUAUAUAUGUACCUGGUGAUCCUACUGGGAAAUGGAGUCAUCAUCAUUGUAAGUAUCUAUGACUCCCACCUGCAUACCCCCAUGUACUUUUUCCUCAGUAACUUAUCAUUCUUGGACAUUUGCUACACCAGUUCUUCUAUCCCCUUAUUUCUCAGCAGCUUCUUAACUUCAAAGAAAACUAUUUCCUUCUCUGGGUGUGGAGUGCAAAUGUUUUUCUCCUUUGCUAUGGGAGCCACAGAGUGUGUCCUUCUAAGCAUGAUGGCGUUUGACCGCUAUGUGGCCAUCUGUAACCCUCUGAGAUACCCCAUCAUUAUGAGCAAGGCUUCAUAUGUGCCCAUGGUCUCUGGGUCCUGGAUUGCAGGGGGUGUCAAUUCUGUGUUGCAAACCUCUCUUGCAAUGCGACUUCCUUUCUGUGGAGAUAAUGUCAUUAAUCAUUUUACUUGUGAAAUCUUGGCUGUCUUGAAAUUGGCCUGUGCUGAUGUCUCCAUAAAUGUUCUUAGCAUGGUUGUUGCUAAUAUGAUUUUUCUUGUGGUCCCAGUACUUUUCAUUGUUGUUUCCUAUGUUUUCAUUCUCUUCACCAUCCUGAGGAUUCCUUCUGCAGAGGGAAGGCGCAAAGCCUUCUCCACCUGCUCCGCCCACCUAACAGUGGUGGUUAUAUUCUAUGGAACCAUCCUCUUCAUGUAUGCAAAACCCAAGGCUAAAGACUCUUCUGGUGCGGACAAAGUACAAGUCACAGACAAAAUCAUCUCUCUCUUCUACGGAGUUGUGACACCUAUGCUCAAUCCCCUCAUCUAUAGUUUGAGGAACAAAGACGUGAAGGCAGCUGUGAAGAAUAUACUGUGUCGGAAAUGCUCCUCAGAGGGAAGGUGA